CUCCUCCUGCUCGGUGGGACGCGGCGCGCGCGGCUGCUCCGCUCUCCGCGCUUCGAGCGCCGACCUGGGCGCUCGCCGCCAGCAUGGACGCUCGCCGCCGGCCGCAAAAGGAUCGCAGAGCAAAGAAGAACUUCAAGAAAUUCAGAUAUGUGAAGUUGAUUUCCAUGGAAACCUCGUCAUCCUCUGAUGACAGUUGUGACAGUUUUGCUUCUGAUAAUUUUGCAAACACGAAACCUAAAUUCAGGUCAGAUAUCAGUGAAGAACUGGCAAAUGUUUUUUAUGAGGACUCUGAUAAUGAAUCUUUCUGCGGCUUUUCAGAAAGUGAGGUGCAAGAUGUGUUAGACCAUUGUGGAUUUUUACAGAAACCAAGGCCAGAUGUCACUAACGAGCUGGCCAGUAUUUUUCAUGCCGACUCUGACGAUGAAUCAUUUUGCGGUUUCUCAGAGAGUGAGAUACAAGAUGGAAUGAGACUGCAGGCGGUGCAGUCAGACCGUGCGGGCUGCAGGACCCGCAGCCAGUGUAGACGGGCCGGGCCUCUCCGGGUGGCGAUGAAAUUUCCAACGCGAAACACCAGGGGGGCAGCCAACAAAAGAGCAGCACCCCCCGAACCCUCGGAGAAUUCUGUGACCGAUUCCAGUUCGGAUUCAGAAGAUGAAAAUGGCAUGAAUUUUUUGGAGAAAAGGGCUUUAAAUAUAAAGCAAAACAAAGCCAUGCUUGCAAAACUGAUGUCAGAAUUAGACAGCUUCCCCGGCGCGCUCCCCGGACGGCGUUCCCUCCCGGGCCCCCGUGCAGUAAGUCAAUCAAAGACACCCCGAAGGCGUACGUUCCCAGGUGUUGCUUGCAGAAGAAACCCUGAGCGGAGAGCGCGUCCUCUUACCAGGUCGAGGUCCCGGAUCCUUGGGUCCCUUAGUGCUCUACCCACAGAGGAGGAGGAGGAGGAGGAGGAGGAGGAGGAGGAUAAGUACAUGCUGGUGAGGAAGAGGAAGGCCGUGGAUGGCUACAUGAACGGAGAUGACGUGCCCCGAGGUCGCCGCCCGGGGUCCAUGACCCUCCCACACGUAAUUCGACCCGUGGAGGAAAUCACAGAGGAAGACUUGGAGAACAUCUGCAACAACUCUCGAGAGAAGAUAUACAACCGUUCAUUGGGAUCUACUUGUCAUCAGUGCCGCCAGAAAACUAUUGAUACCAAAACAAACUGCAGAAACCCAGAGUGCUGGGGCGUUCGAGGUCAAUUCUGCGGUCCCUGCCUUCGAAACCGUUAUGGUGAAGAGGUCAAGGAUGCUCUGCUGGAUCCAAACUGGCAUUGCCCACCUUGUCGUGGAAUCUGCAACUGCAGUUUCUGUCGGCAGCGAGACGGGCGGUGUGCAACCGGGGUCCUUGUGUAUUUAGCCAAAUACCAUGGCUUUGGGAAUGUGCAUGCUUACUUGAAAAGUCUGAAACAGGAGUUUGAAAUGCAAGCAUGAUAUCUGGAAGAUCCACUACCUGCCUUCCACUGCGCAUAUCUUCCUUGUUAAAGUUUUCAAUUUUGUCAUGCGAUUGAAACCCAAGUUAACAAUUUUGAUGAUCAGUCUUUUUUAUAGGAAACUCAAAUCAAGUUAAUCUCACUAGAUGUCCUAGUGUUUCUGAGCAUCACAGAGGUAUAUUGCUAGCUCUACUUUGCCCUCUUGCAAUUUCUCCUUUGCUUUCCCCCACCCCUCACCCCAUACCACCCGCCUCUCUCUAUUUCCAGUGGUCUCUCCCACCAUUUAGUUUCUGGAUUCUUCUUACAUGACAAUUUUAUGAACACAUGUUUGAUUUAAUUGGUGUUGAAAUAGCCCCGGAAUCCACCCAUAAAACCAAGCACUUAGGUAGAAACACAGUUAUUGGUGUUAACUAACUACAUCUAUUGAAUUCCAGACAACAGCCCUAACUAGUUUACACAAAAACGAGUAUGGUUUAAUGUUCAUACUAGUUGACAUUUUUUUUUUUAACAGAAUCAAGGCACAAAAGUCUUAAAACCAUGUGGAAAAAUUAGGUAACUGUUGGAAAGUGGAGUCUCUUACUUUAGAUGCCUCUCCUGAGAAUAUUCCAUGUUUUAUGCUUAUAAUAUUUGUCACAGUUGAGACUUAGGUGCUGCUAUUUACUUCCACCACGAGGUUACGCAUGGCAUGUGGCACACACAGUCAGGACCACGAGGGUUGUGGGCAGUGCUGGACUUGAAAUCAUUGUAUAGAAAAGACAUCUUGGGGAAUUAGGAUGAUGAGGCUUCACCAUCCUAGGGGAAGAGAAGAGGCUGAUUUGAAUUCAUGGUGUAAGACCUCAGUAUCAUGGUAGUUUGCCAAGUUUAUUUCAGUUGACCAUGUAAAAUUUUUCAAAUUCUUGAUCAUUUUGCAUGGAAAAUUGAUAGUAAUUCCAGCCUACAAUUUGCAGUGUUUGCUUUCUUGAAGAAAUUAGAAGCUAGGCGCAGGGUUCGUGUUCAGGUUUUAAGCACUUUUAGAACAAUGAGAAGUGCCUUUUUGGAGAUGGGUGACCUUUGGCAGUUUGUUAACUUGAUGUCUCUGCCAGCUGAGUUUCUGGGCAGAUUUCCUGUGUUGUCUCCCCUCCUCUCUUUUUUGCAUUAAUCAAUCGUGUGGUAGAGGUGGACUCUGAGUGUCUGUGUGUCUCUUUUGCUUUGCAUGUGCACCCUGUUGGCUGUGCCUGUUCUGGGUUUGAUGCAUAAUUGGACCUUGAAUCAAUAAAUGUAAAUAGAGCUUUUGAUCUGUAAUGCUUUUAUACAAAGUUUUUUAUUUUAAUAAUAAAACGUUUCUUCUA